GCGGGAAGAGCGCGGCACUUCCGCUAGCCUCCCGCUGACUCGCUGCUCUCGGCGGCGGCGGCGGGAGCGGAGGGUGCGCGCCGCCCGGGGACUCCAUUCCCCGGUCCCCGUCCGCCCCACGCGGCGCGGACCAUGGACGCCAGCAGGUGGUGGACGGUGCUGGUGCUGGCCUUCCUCCCCUCCUUGGGGGCAGGUGGGGAGACUCCCGAAGCCCCUCCGGAGUCGUGGACCCAGCUAUGGUUCUUCCGUUUUUUCGUGAAUGCUGCUGGCUAUGCCAGCUUCAUGGUUCCUGGCUACCUUCUGGUGCAGUACUUCAAACGGAAGAACUACCUAGAAACAGGCAGGGGGCUGUGCUUCCCCCUGGUGAAGGCCUGCGUGUUUGGCAAUGAGCCCAAGGCCUCUGAUGAGGUGCCCCUGGCUCCCCGGCCAGAGAGCACAGAGACCACCCCCACUUGGCAGGCCCUGAAGCUGCUCUUCUGUGCAUCGGGACUUCAGGUAUCCUAUCUGACGUGGGGCGUGCUGCAGGAGAGAGUGAUGACCCGGAGCUAUGGGGCCACUGCCACAUCACCAGGCGAGCGCUUCACAGACUCGCAGUUUCUGGUGCUGAUGAACCGUGUGCUGGCACUGGUCGUGGCUGGCCUCUACUGCGCGCUCUGCAAGCAGCCCCGGCAUGGGGCGCCCAUGUAUCGGUACGCCUUUGCCAGCCUCUCCAACGUGCUCAGCAGCUGGUGCCAGUACGAGGCCCUCAAGUUUGUCAGCUUCCCCACACAGGUGCUGGCCAAGGCCUCCAAGGUGAUCCCCGUCAUGCUGAUGGGCAAGCUGGUGUCCCGGCGCAGCUAUGAGCACUGGGAGUACUUCACAGCCGGCCUCAUCUCGGCCGGGGUCAGCAUGUUCCUGCUGUCGAGCGGGCCCGAGCCCCGCAGCUCCCCAGCCACCACACUGUCUGGCCUCAUCCUGCUAGCAGGUUACAUUGCUUUCGACAGCUUCACCUCGAACUGGCAGGAUGCCCUGUUUGCCUACAAGAUGUCAUCGGUGCAGAUGAUGUUCGGCGUCAACCUCUUCUCCUGCCUCUUCACUGUGGGCUCGCUGCUGCAGCAGGGGGCCCUCCUGGAGGGGACCCGCUUCAUGGGGCGGCACAGCGAGUUCGCCGCACACGCCUUACUGCUUUCUGUAUGCUCAGCCUGUGGCCAGCUCUUCAUCUUCUACACCAUCGGCCAAUUCGGAGCUGCCGUCUUCACCAUCAUCAUGACCCUGCGCCAGGCCUUUGCCAUCCUGCUCUCCUGCCUCCUCUAUGGGCACACGGUGACUGUGCUGGGAGGAUUGGGGGUGGCCCUGGUGUUUGUUGCACUUCUGCUCAGAGUCUAUGCUCGAGGUCGACUAAAGCAAAGAGGAAAGAAGGCUGUGCCCAACGAUGCCCAAGUGCAGCAGGUCUGAGGGGAACAGGGGCGACCACAGGACCCUCCCACCAUGGUA